CCUGCAGACAGGGACACCGGUAGCCAGAGUGUAGUCUAUAUAUUAGCGUAUACGACCAACUCACAGAAGACUUCAGUCGGACACACUUCAGAAGAUAUAGCCUACUGUUUUAAAUAUUCUAUUCAAUUUUAACUGUUCGUUUGUGGAUAACGUCUUCAUUUUGGGUUCCUUGAAACUUUGAAAGGCCGUGCUUGCUGUUAGAGUGACAGAGAAACCACAAGAAGCAACACCAGACCAUGCCAGCCCAUAACACACUCCUGCCUCAACUGCACUUACCGGGUUCAAGCGGACGUAAAGAGGAACUUCACAACAUGACCGAGGGGGAAAUUACUCUUCUCCAUUUCCAUCUGGGGCCAGAGAAAUUUGAGCCCCGCCAUCCUGAUCAUACAGCUUUAAAAAGACUCUACUGCAAGAACGGAGGAUACCAUCUCCGAUUACAACCGGACGGAACUGUCGACGGCUGUCAAAACGAAAACGACAUGAAUACUGUUCUGAGAAUCCAGGCCACAAGUCUAGGAGUGGUGGUUAUCCAAGGAAUUCAGACGGGACGCUACCUGGCCAUGGACCAGACCGGAAGACUUUAUGCAUCGGCCUCCCUUACUGACGAAUGCUACUUCCUGGAACACAUGGAGGAGAAUCAUUAUAACACAUACAGGUCGUACAAAUACAGGGAUGGACAGCAGUGGUACGUGGGAUUAAAAAAGGACGGGCGUCCUAAAAUGGGUCCCCAGACCGACAUUGGCCAGAAGGGGGUGUUCUUCCUACCACGGCCAGCAGGUGGCGUCUAAGCUCCAUGUUUGAAAAAGUCUGUGAAAAGCCUCUUCACCAAAGAUCCCUUACUGUCUUUGUCCUCAAUAAGGUCCAGGCAGGGCUGUCAUGUUCCCACUUGUAGGAUUUUUUUCUGACACACUGCAGAGAUGUAGCCAUGGCCGUAACUACCAUUGAGGUAGUUUUUCUGUAUUUUUUCCAGUAAUGUCAAAUUUAUCUAUGAUGAAAAUCGAUACGUACAUACAUGAUCAACAAUGGUAAAUUCAGUCUGUGUACGCCACCCCCAUUUAUCCUCAAGGCAGUGAUUAAUGACAACAAACUAAAGAGUUUGACUGAAUUGUUUGAAACAUUCUAAAUGUACAGCAUGCAGUACAGCGUGAAGGAUUUGACCUCUGUAUUUGAAAAUGUCUGGUUAUGGCCCUGGAUGUUGCCUAUUCAUCUGCAUACAAAUUCACAUAGAAAUGAAGGAAGCAAAUCUAAUUCAGCACAUGCUGGCGUCAACAUAUCAGCUUCUAACAUAGGUCACCAAUGCACAGUAGGCUAUAGAGGUUUUAGCACUUAACUUAUUUCCUUUAUAUAUUUUUAUAUUUUUUUAUAUAAUUUAUUUAUUUAUUAAAAAAUGGACUAUAGGACCUACAUUUAAUAUGAUUUAUUUAUUUUAAGAUGCUGUGUUGACCAAAUGAAACGUGCUAUUAACCAUGUUUCGGCUAAUACAUAUUGUAUUGUAUUGUACCUUUCAAUAAAAAGCUAUUUUGUAUUAAUUUCUGCUUGUCGUGUGGUAGGCUACAUGUGACACUUCUCCAGGUUAUUUUUUAAAUAACGAAAUUGUCAUUGGGGUUUUCCUUUGUAUGUUAUAUUUUUCACAUUGUAGGCCUAGUGUCAUGAAAUGGAACUCUCCCUAAUUUCAAUGUAGGAUUUCGUAGCCUAUAUUGUAUUGUAUUCAUCAAGGGCUCAUCCAAUGAAAGGAAACAACAUAAUAUGUUGUUGUUUAAUAUAACAACUAUCCCAUAACUUCAGAA